AUGGAGGAGCGCGUACCGCAUAUUAGACCCAUUCGCGGCAGCCCACAGCGGCGAAGCCUCGCUCAGCACACACAGUCCGGAGGAUCAUCUACAGGGGCUCAUCCUGUUUCGGUGUUCGCCUAUGAGAAGCUCCAGUCACACGACUCUAUUCGGGUUCUUGAUUUGCAACCUGGUUCCGCUCACGAUUCGCUAGAAUGCCGCCUGUAUGAGUACCCUCUAGGGCAGAAACCAUGCUGGCCCCAACUAUACGAGGCUGUCUCCUACGUCUGGGGCUCCAUGGAAAAGACUGGGAGCAUUAUCUGUAACGGUGCAUUUUUGCCCAUCACUGCAAGUCUCGAACAGGUGCUGCUAAGAGUUCUGCUAAGAGUUCGCCUAUCGGAGUCAAGUAGGACAUUGUGGGCAGACGCAAUUUGUAUCAACCAGGACGGUAUCUUGGAGAAGAAUCAGCAGGUUAGUAUCAUGGACAAGAUAUAUGAAGGGGCCAGAACUGUGCUUUUCUGCCUCGACGGAGAUAUCUCGCGAGAUACGCGCACCAUGAAGGCACUCAAGAAAAUCAACAAGAUAUUUGAGACCUGGCUGCGCCAGUUCGAGAGUCGGCCGGAACCUGACUUCGACCCGAUACGAUUCUCAGCGCAAGUGUCCCCUGCAAUGUUCCAUUCCAUCUCGCAGCAUGAGUGGGAAGAAACAAUCAGUCUGCUCAGCUGCGACUGGUGA